GAGGAUGCAGAUCAUGUGGAGUAUGAUGACAGCAUGAAGAACCAACACAUCCUCAGAUUAAAGAAGCUGAAGAGAGAUGACUCAGCAGAAUACAGGUUCACCAUCACAACAGAAAAUGAAGAAGUGAAACAGUUUGAUUUUCCUGGAGUUACUCUGAUUGUCACAGAGCUGAGAGUGAAGAUGAGUCCUUUUGCAGUGGUGACAGAGGGUCAGAGAGUCACACUGACCUGCAGCACCAGCUGUCCUCUGACUGACAACACAAACUACAUUUGGUACUUGAACAGUCGACCUCUGACCCCGAGAGAGAACCAGAACAAACAUCUGAUCCUAGACCCAGUCAGCAGGGAGGAUGCAGGAAGCUACUCCUGUGCUGUGAAAACCAACAAAGAUAUCAGCUCUGCUCCAAAGACUCUCACUGUCCAAAGUAUCACAGGAACAUGGACACCAGCAGCUGCAGGAGUUUCUGCAGCUCUGCUGGUUUUAAUACUUCUCACUGUCUGCUGGUGUGUUAGAAAAAGGAGAACUUCUAGCCAAUCAUCAACAAGUGAAACAAUGGAAAACUUGGAGCAGGUAAAUUUUGGACCCCAGCAUGACGACAUCUCAGCUCAACCAGCAGAGCAGGAACUUGACUACAGCGAGAUCAACUUGUCCAAGAUCCAAACAGAACAUCCCUACUCCACUGUUCAGUCAUUUCAAGAGCAGGAGCAUGUCCCCUACGCUGUUGUCAACUUCAGAGACAACACAACACCUGAGUGAGUUUAUUUUAUGAUUAUCAAUAAAACUCAAUGACCAGGCUGUGGACACCUAGAGCCUGUACAACACAUCAACUUAAAGAAGAUAAAAUAUAAAAACACAUCUGGACUUAAAUUGUUCUGUUCAUGAUGUUGGUAUUACAUUCACUUCUUGUAUUUACUUUUUCUGAUGAGUAUGAACAAACUGUGGUCACUCUUGACAGGCUUCGUUCAAACCCUCAUAGGAACUGAAACUAAAGCAUUUGUAAUGGUUACCAGCUUUUUAUGUUGAGACAAUCGUUCUCAGGCUCUGUCUCACACUAGAUAAGAGGAACCCUCAAGAGCAGCUCUUUAUCUAUAUAUGUAUAUAUUAAAAUGUGUUUCUUAAAGUGUCUUUGACACAUUAAAAGGUCAUCAUUAUCUCAGGCUUUGCCCAACAUGCCAGCAAAAUUGUUCUAAAAAUUGCAUUAAAGAACAAACAAACAGUUGAACUCAAUUUCUUGUAAAGUCAAAAAUGUCUUCAUCAUAAAUCCAUUGGAGAUUUAUAGGACAGACUUCAUAUUUAUGAACAUGUAACAAACAUUUUGUAUUACAAGUAGAA